CCUUGUUUCCUCGCUGUCUUCCCGUCCCAGCAGCGAGGCCAGUUUUCGACUGACUUCACCUGCUCGGCAACGCGCGAAUCUGCCUGCCUGCCCUCGGUUCGGGGCCGCCCCGCAAGAAGCACUGGUGUGCAUGGCCGCCCGGAGUUACAGCGCGCAUGGAGUCCGAAGACUACACCACCACGCCACACCGAAUACGACACCCCGACAGGGCCGGCACGUGGCUCGGUUUUUGCGGGCCCAAAACCAGAAAGAUAGCCCAAAACCGAAAAUACCGGCCAAAACCAGAAAUACCGGCCAAAACCAGAAAUACCGGCCAAAACCAGAAAUACCGGCCAAAACCAGAAAAACCGACCAGCACCAGAAAAACCGACCAGCACCAGAAAUGCGGCCCAAACAGGAAUCCUCGCGCACCCCAGGCUGCUCCAGGGCCUUGGCUGCCUCGCCUUCCAUUAGUCCGCAGCCUGGAAUACCCCGAGCACCCGUACCUCCGCGAAACAGGAGGAAAAAAAGACUCAUUUCGUCAUGGGGAAAAAAGAGGCCCAUCAGGAACAAACCCCACGUCAUCCCAGGACCCUUUUUUCCGGACCCUGUAUUCCGAUCCUGCCCCAGGACCUUCUCUACUAGGACCUUCUCCAGCACCAGCACCCUUUUCUCCAGGACGCGUGCGUUUCUCCUGGGCGCCUGCUUUUGUCCCGAUCCUCGCUUCCCUCCACGGCGCUCGCAUUUCUAGCCCCAGCCUAGAACAAACACGCCCUCACGCCCGGCCCUGGACCCAGUCUCGCAGCCCGGCCCCAGCUCUGCCCGAAAAGCACUCCCCGUUUUUUUCGGCCUGCGCCAGCAGAGUCCCCCGCCACACCGCCCACACCCCAAUUCCGCACCUCCAGCCCACGGCCUUUCUCCCCA